GUGUAAAAGCUUGCAAGUCUAGCGCUAGCACUGAAAUAGUUAACAUGGGAAAUCAAAUUCACCAUUCACUGCCAAGUACUCAUUUAUUAUUACUGCAAGACACAAGAAUCCAAAAGACAGAAACAAUUUCUUGCAGUCAUCUGUUCCAAAGAGGCGCUACAGUAGAAGGUCUCUUGGCUCAAUAUUCACAAGGUGGGUUGAAAAUUCAGAUUUUCUGAAAAAAAGGAAGGAAAAAAAAGGAGGAAAAAAAAGGAGGAAAAAAAAAAAAAAAAACACAACCAAACCCCCCUCCACAUCCUGAUCUGGAUUAAGUUUAUUGACUACAUAGAUUGGAGACCCAGCAACGCCAGUUGGCUGGGUUACUUCAGCCUUUGACGGUUAAAGUAUUUCAGCUUUCUAACAAGCCAUGAAGGUCUCUGUCUUUUCACCCAGGAUUCAGGAAGCAAAAUCUAGCUGGGAUACCCUGCAUUUUAAAAAAGACCCUUAUGUGAAAUAAGGACAAGAGAUGCAGCAAGCAGCUAGAGAGGUCUGAAACCAAAGUUUUAUUAAAUUCUCUUUCACACCUGAUUUUUCAUCAAAGAAGUUAAAAACGGACACUGCUGAAAGUGCCCUGGAUAAUAACCUUCCCGCUGGGAAGAUGGGGGGCACCCUUUGGAGUGUGGGAGUUCUUCUCUUCUUACUAACAUCCAUGGGACAUUGUUCAAAAGCUACAUCCAAAAAUAGCAGGGGCACUUCAAAAAGGAUCAUAAGAUCCACUGAUGAUGGGGAGGAUGGGAAAAAGUGUGGAUAUACAUUCAUGGUGCCCCAACAGAAAAUCACUGGACCCAUAUGUGUCAGCACCAAAGGACCUGGUCCAAAUAAGGAUCAAGUCACAAGAAUGGACUUAGAAAAUGUGAAGGAUGCUUUGUCCAAGCAAAGGAGAGAGAUGGAUAUGCUACAAGUAAUGGUAGAUGUGGACGGUAAUAUUGUGAGUGAAGUUAAAUUACUAAGAAAAGAGAGUCGCAAUAUGAACUCUCGUGUCACUCAACUUUACAUGCAGUUACUACAUGAGAUAAUUCGCAAGCGAGACAAUUCUCUUGAAGUUUCUCAGCUGGAAACCAAGAUCCUGAAUGUAACGGCUGAGAUGCUUAGGGCAGCCACACGAUACAAGGAGUUAGAAGUAAAAUACGCUUCUUUGGUAGAUUUAGUCAACAAUCAGUCAGCAAUUAUUGCCUUGUUAGAAGAACAAUGCAUGAGAGUGUUUUCUAGGAGGGACAGCCAAGGGUCACCACCGCUAGUGCAAGUUGUUCCGCAGCAUAUCCCUCAAAGCCAGCAGUAUACACCGGGAUUGGGAGGCGGUAACGAAAUCCAGAGAGACACAGGAUAUCCAAGAAAUAGAGACAGCAGACAGCCACCACAAGCGCCUCCCACAAGCAGCCCAUUCCGGGUUCCACCAGUAACAAUGAUCAACGAAGGACCUUUCAGAGAUUGCCAGCAUGCCAAGGAAUCCGGAUUCUCCAGUAGCGGGAUUUAUUUAAUAAAACCAAACAACGCCAACAGUCAUAUGCAACUGUGGUGUGAGAACAGCUUGGAUCCAGGCGGCUGGGCAGUGAUACAGAGGAGGAUAGAUGGAUCAGCAAACUUCUUCAGAAAUUGGGAAACAUAUAAGAAAGGAUUUGGAAACAUUGAUGCAGAGUACUGGCUAGGACUAGAGAAUAUUUAUCAAAUUACAAACCAAGACAACUACAAGCUGCUGAUUGAGCUGGAAGACUGGAGUGGCAAGAAAGUAUAUGCCGAAUACAGCAGCUUCCGCCUGGAACCAGAGAGCGACUUCUACAGACUGCGCUUAGGAACGUAUCAGGGUAACGCUGGAGACUCCAUGGUUUGGCACAAUGCAAAGCAGUUCACCACACUGGACAGGGACAAAGAUUCAUACUCAGGCAACUGCGCUCAUUUUCAUAAAGGAGGAUGGUGGUACAAUGCGUGUGCCCACGCCAAUCUCAAUGGGGUCUGGUACAGAGGAGGGCAUUACCGGAGCAAGCACCAAGAUGGCAUUUACUGGGCAGAGUAUCGGGGAGGCUCCUAUUCUCUGAAAACCGUCAAAAUGAUGAUAAGACCUAUAGACUGAAACACAAGCAGACGGAGGGCGAGGUCUAAGAAAAAACAUAACGGCGUUGGUUACGACAUUUAUAAUACACUUGAGAUACUAUGUGUAAUUUUUUUAUACCUAUACAUCUUCCUUAUAGGAGCAGGUAUCACCUAUAUAAAAUCAAUAUAGGACCAUUCAUUGGUUAUACAAGUUUUGGGAGAUAAAAUAUUUAGUCAAUUACUAUGUACGGAAUACAGCAUUUUCCAUAAAGUCCUAUUCUUUUGUAAAACAACUAGGUGAAGUGCGCUAUUUGUUAUUCUGCUAUAAAGGUAAAAACAAAGGACUAUUCUGUGCUAAUCAUAGCUCUGAUCAUAUGGUUACCUUGAUUGUAAAGUAUAAUUUAUCUCGCUUUACUUGUUUUUAUGCACAAGGACAAUUUUAUCAUUAUUUAAAAUAUUUAUAAUGUUAUUGCUGUAAAGCAAUGCUAGUUGAAUUUGAUCUAGUUACCAUAAUGGACACUGUUUUAGACCAUAACUAUAGUAUAAAGUUUGCAGACAUAAUUGGGAAAUCAUUAAAGGGACAUUAAACACUUUGAGAAGGUAAUCUGACUAAUAGUAAUAUAUAUAAUAUAUAUAUAUAUAUAUAUAUAUAAGUGAAAGAAAUAAUGGGCAGACAGUCCGUAGCUCAGAUGAAAUCCACUUUUACUAAGGGCAGCUUUACAAUCAGAGCCACGUUUCGGGGCUUACACCCCCCUCCUCAGGCUCAAUACAAAUAAAUGCAAAAUACAACCCUUAAAUAGCCAAAAAGCUCCACCCCCCUCAUUCAUUACAUCAUCAAAAUCUUCCUAUAGUAUAUAAUUUAAAGUGCCAACACAAUUUUAACAAACGAUAAAGCAAUGUAUAUAUGUGUGUGUAUAUAUAUAUAUAUAUAUAUAUAUAUAUAUAUAUAUAUACAUAUAUACACACACACUGCAUAUAUAAAACUCUACAAUAUACUUCCAUUAUUUAUUUUGUCCCCUUAUCCUGUAAUUCCAUUCUGAAAUUGUGAGAUUUUCAGUUCCUUUUAGAAAUAGAAGUGCAGAACACUGUUAUAUUCCACACAGCCAUUGGCUGCAACUCUAGCGACCUAUUUAUAACUGUCCCUAAUUGGCCACAGCAGAGAAGGUAACCUAAGUUACAAAAUGACAGCUCCCAUUGUUUUAUAGGCACUUUACACUAUUUAAACAGCUAAUGAAACUUAAAUACAUCUACAUGUUAAUCUUAGACUAAUCUUUUCUUUGAACACAUCAUGCUAUCUAGCAUUUAUUUAGUGUUUAAUGUCCCUUUAAGUUCCCAAGUUCCAAGAAGCAUUUUCUGUUUUGUGUAGUUUACAAAUAUUACUAGGUUUUGGUAAAAACUCAAACUGACCAGUUGGAAUUUCAAUUUGACCACAAUGUGAAUAGACAUUUGGAGCUCAUUAAAUAAACAACCUCUUAAGUUUUAA